CAGGCUUCUGGAACUAAUUUUCGACGACGAAUACAUGUCGGUAACGUAACGAUAAAGUGUACUUCUGCGACAUCAGUUGGGAAUAGAACCCGAUAGUCAUUAAAAAGAAAAGAAAACGUCAGCCGUCAGGUGGACAUUAAGUCAUUAAAGUAUGGCGAAAUUGGGGCAGGCGGUGAGGGAUCUCUCCUCCAAUUUCUCCUCGAACCAGUAUUUUUCGCGACUACUUCUCACGUCGCCAUGGCGCGGUGGUAUAUGGGCUUCGGCACGUUGGACAUCUGCCACAAAUACAUCGCCAGCUCCACAAGAUACCGGCCUAAUAGUCAGCGACAGCUGUGCUCAACGCUUGAAAGAAUUGGCAACCAGCGCUGAAGAGGCGUGCCUGAGGGUUACUGUAGAAGGAGGGGGAUGCUCAGGAUUUCAGUAUAAAUUCGAUCUUGACUCAACGAUAAACGAAGAUGACAGAGUUUUUCAAAAAGACGGAGUCAAAGUGAUCAUAGACACAACUUCGCUGGAGUACGUCAAGGGAUCGACUGUUGAAUAUCACAAGGAACUAAUUCGUUCGGCGUUUAGAAUAACAAACAAUCCUCUAGCUGAACAAGGGUGUAGCUGCGGUGCCAGUUUCGCUAUUAAAGUAGACUGACCCGAUACAAAUAAUCAUAAUUUUUAGUAGAUCGUCUCCUCGAUUCUAAUUAUCGGUUUUGAAAAUGGUCCAUAUAUUUUUACAGACUCGCAGUGAUUGCAAAGAAAUCGUUAAUUUAUUUUGUAGUUUUUAAGUGGUAGUUGAUGUUAUAAGUAAAAUGUACGUGUAUGUACAUAGGAAUAUAUACACGUACGUGUAUAUUUAUAAGUAUAUUACAUGAAAUUAUGUCAUGUAUUAAUGAUUAGCGACAGAUAAGGCGUUACGAAAACAUUGCACAUAGGUUGUUGAUAAUUUAUAAUAAAAUUCGUUUCAACGAGUUGAAAAAGCAAAACAACUGAUCAAGAAAGGCUUUAAAUUAUACAUGUAUUCAUUUCUUUUACUUACGUUAUAUUUUCAAUCUCAUAAACAUGUGACGGCGGUUAUACCGCGUUAGGUAAAAUGAAACUGAAUAUUUAACGUUGACUAAAUUCUACAAAUGAACGUAGUGGACAUCAUUGUAUUAUUUACACGAGAUUAUGUUUUACACUAUGUAUUGUGAUAAUCACACAGAUUAACAGGCAUAUCCAUGGAAUGUGACAUAGGCUCCAGCUUGAUGCCAGCAAAUUUAUUUUUGCUUCCCUUUUUUCGCAUUCUGGAAAAAAAAAAUAUCAAUGAUCUAUUGAUGAGUAAAAA